CAGCCCUUCUUCCCUUCUAGUUUUAAAACCAGUCAUUGAACUCAGCCGAUGCCAGACGAGCAUGAGCACGGAGCAUCUGCUGUUCGAUUACCUGGCUCUCUUACGGCCACAUCCCAUAAAGUCUACCAGAGAGAGAGGGAGAGAGAAUCGACCGAGGAAACUUCACCAUGGAGGCAAGACUCUCUGCAACUCUUGGCCUCUCAUCUCCGGAUCCUAAUAACCAUCUUCUUCUCGUUAGCUUUCCUUCCCUCGUAACUCAAUUCCGUGCACUGUCAACUCAAAACUCAAACAUUCUUCCCCAGAACAGUUCUCUCGCUUUUGCCUCAAUCUCUGUUUCAACAGAUCCCCAAAUCAAACCCAGAUUCUUAAAUUGGCUCAGACCCACCUUAAAACCCCGCCCUAAAUCCAGAAAAUGCGAAGAACCCACUAAUAGUUGUAACAGAUCUAUCCCUCUUGCGUCUACUGCAGUUUCCACAGAGACUAUAACCACACCCAAAUUCCCGAAAUGGCUAAAACCCACGUCAAGAGACAGGCCCCGAAUCCAAUCCCUCAUGAAAAACCUUUCAGUCUUUGAACGAGCCCUCCUCGGCGCAGGUGCCGGUGGUAUAGCUGGUGCAUUUACUUAUGUGUGCUUGCUCCCGCUUGAUGCCAUCAAAACCAAGAUGCAAACGAAGGGUGCAUCUCAGCUUUAUAGCAGCACAUUUGAUGCCAUCGUAAAAACUUUCCAAACAAAGGGGGUUAUGGGGUUUUAUAGUGGAAUAUCCGCCGUAAUUGUUGGCUCGACUGCUUCUUCUGCUGUGUAUUUCGGGACAUGUGAGUUUGGGAAGUCCAUUUUGUCCAAAUUGGACCAAUUCCCCUCUCUGCUGAUCCCUCCUACUGCUGGUGCUAUGGGCAAUAUCGUUUCCUCUGCGAUCAUGGUGCCUAAAGAGUUGAUCAUACAGCGAAUGCAAGCUGGAGCUAAGGGGAGAUCAUGGCAAGUUCUGAUGAACAUAUUAGAGAAAGAUGGUAUUCUGGGUCUUUAUGCAGGCUACUCUGCUACAUUGUUGAGGAAUUUGCCUGCCGGGGUGUUGAGUUAUUCCUCGUUUGAGUACUUAAAAGCUGCGGUUUUGAGCAGAACUGGGAAGAGUAAUUUAGAGCCAAUACAGAGCGUGUGCUGUGGUGCAUUGGCUGGAGCAAUAUCUGCCUCUCUAACUACGCCCCUUGAUGUGGUGAAGACAAGGUUGAUGACUCAGGCUCAGGGGGAGGCGGUGAAUAAAGUUGCAGCCGUAAUGUACAGUGGCGUAGCAGCCACUGUGAAGCAAAUUUUGAAGGAGGAAGGAUGGAUUGGAUUGACUAGUGGGAUGGGGCCUAGAGUCGUCCAUAGUGCUUGUUUCUCUGCGCUGGGGUAUUUUGCUUUUGAGACAGCUAGGCUUACGAUUUUACAUCAGUAUUUGAAGCAGAAGGAGCUGCGUGCAAUGGAUGUCACUCCUGCAUGAUUUAGUUGCCCUGACUUGGCUCUCCGAUCAAAUGGGCUGUACCGUUGGUGAUAUCUCUAAUCCCCAUAUUAUUAGUCUGCAUAUCUAUUUCCUGUCAAAACAAAUUUUCUGUUGUUGGAUUUCUACUCACAGCAUUUUUGGUGGUACAUGUUUAAUAAUACUUGUUCUUUCUGCCUUUUGGUUUCCUAGUCCAUUGCGCUGAUAGUGUCAGUUGAUAAAUACAUCAAGAUGUGAAGUUAGGAUGAUUGGAAUAAUAUAUGAUUCAUCACUUCUAGGUUUUGUAAUAUGUACAUCACUUGUAGAUUUUGUUUUAAACAACUGAACAAGGAAACCUCAUUUUAUUUUGUAAACAAAUUGAAUCAGCAAUUAGUAUGCAAAUGAAUUGUGAUGUAUGAAACAGGUCAUCAUUGUUUGGAAGCAUUUUAUGGAACUAUAGUUGCCAUUAUAUUGUAAAAUACAGUUAAGAGCA